AAAAUCUAAAUACAAACAGAUUAAACAAUGUUACUUUAGUUUUAAUUUUAAAUUACUUUAGUAUCUAUACCAUUUAUAUGUCUAUCUUGUUUCCUUUUACACAUAAACAUCCUAUUUUUUCUUCAAAAUGUAUCGGCUCUAAAAGUUAAGUCCUCCUGGCAUCAUCUUACAGAGAUAUGCAGGGAACGGCUGUCCCUGCUCUUAUCUCAUGCUCCAGAAGUCUGUCACACCCUGCCUCAAAUUCCUUUAAACACUAUGAAGGUCUACUUUCUUCUGUUUUGAGAUAAGAAAUGAGACCCCGCUUGUUUGCGCUUCCUCACGGCUUCAUCCCAGAAGCAAAAAUAAUGUCAAGAAUGCUGAAUGGAGAGAUCAUCGUUUUCUUUCUGUUAUUACUGUUUGACUUUUCCCUGACUCAACCUGAAGAAAAAUUGAACAGGGAAGUUUUCAGUAAAUCUACGACAGAAAUCCCCAGCACUCUGAGAUCUGGUGUGACAGAGGUUUUCUUUGUUGAAAGCCAGAUUACAACAAUCCCCAGUGGAGCAUUUUCUGGAAACCCGGACCUUGAGAUUGUGGAGUUCCUUACCACAAACACAUCAACUGUUGAGCUUGGAGGCUUUGAUGGUUUAGUAAAGCUCAGAAGUCUCGAGAUCUCCAGUAAUCCUUUGAGCUCAGUGCCACUGGGUGUGUUUAAAGACAACAGCAAUCUUGAGAAAAUAGUUUUAAAGUUCAACAAGCUUGUUAGACUUGAGAAAGGUUUGUUUGAUGGUCUAAAUCAUUUAAGUGAUCUGCAGCUGCAUGGAAAUUACAUUGAAUUCAUUGAGGAGCAGACAUUUGAUGAUCUUGUCAAUCUGGAAAAGCUCAAUUUGGGUGGAAAUCAUCUCGCUGCCGUAUCCGCAAACUGGUUCUCAAACCUGAAAAAACUGAAUGUCUUGCGGCUUUAUGAAAAUCAGCUGGCUACCAUUCCUGAGGAUCUUUUCAAGGACUUACCGAACUUAGAGGAGAUAGAUUUGCGUGAAAACCAGAUCACCGAGCUGUCACCAAACCUGCUUCCACAUAAAGAAAAGCUUGUUAAAUUGUAUUUGGAAAAUAAUCUUCUCAGUAGUUUACCUGAAGGAUUUUUUGUUGGCUUCCCUAAACUUAAAGCACUGACCCUAAAGAAAAAUCAGCUGACAAGCCUGCCGCCAGUGCUUUUUGGUGAAAUGUCUAAACUGACUGAGCUAAGCCUUCAACAAAACAAUCUCAGUACCCUUCCUCAAGGAAUAUUCAGCUCCUUGAAGAAAGUUAAAAAACUAGAUCUCUCUAAAAAUCAUUUUGUGACCUUGUCUCCUGAUUACUUUGAUGGCCCUGAAAAGCUUACUGAGCUUGAUCUCCGAAACAACAUGAUACAGUCACUGGACGCACAGUUAUUUGAAAAUCUUCCAUUUGUGACCACAAUCAAGCUUGCCAACAACAGCCUUCGGACACUUUCUGGGGAUGUUUUUGAGUCUUUGACUAAACUCAAAAAGGUUGAUCUCAGUAAUAACCCGUGGCAAUGUGACUGCAAUUUGAGAGAUUUUUAUGUCUGGAUAAAAGACAAUGCUGUUAAGCUCAAACCGGAUGUCCUCUGUGAGUAUCCAGAACAUCUGAGAGGACACGAAAUCAAACUGUUAGAGGACGAUCAGUUAGUAUGCCCCACUUUCCCACCCACCACCACCCGCUUAAUAACAACAAUACUGACAACCACUCUCACUACCACCACACUGCAAACUACAACAUCCACCACUACUUUACCAACCACGACACCUACAACCACACAUAAGCCUUCGACCACCCUCACAACCACGACAAUAGCAACCACACUGCCCACAACAUUGCCAUCAACCACUGCUACUUCCACCACGGUACCAACAACUGAGAGUACGACUACCCCCGCAACUACUGCUACGACGGCACUUCAACAGACAACAUCAAUGACCACAACAGCCACUAUCACAACCACAACACCCACAACCACUUUACGAACCACCACACCCACAACUACACAACCGACCACCACCAUCCUUACAACCACGACAAUAGAAACCACAUUGCCCACAACAUUGCCAACAACCACUGCUACUUCCACCACGGUACCAACAACUACACUCACAACAACUGAGAGUACGACGAUCCCCGCAACUACUGCUACAACGGCACUUCCACAGACAACAACGAUGACCACAACAGCCAUUAUUACAACCGCAACACCCACAACAACACAACUGACCACCACCAUCCUUAAAACCACGACAAUAGAAACCACAUUGCCAACAACCACUGCUACUUCCAGCACGGUACCAACAACUACACCCACAACAACUGAGAGUAUGACAACAACUCCCACAACUACUACUACGACAGCAUUUCCAACAACACCAUCAAUGAUCACAACAGCCAUCAUCACAACCACUCAAACCCCGACCACCACCACAACGGCAAACCCUACCACCACACUAACAACUACACCUUUAACAACUGAAAUCACAAGCCCUAUUAAAACUACCCUUAUGUCUACCACCACAGUGACUAAAACUACACCCACAACAACAAAACCUCCAACCACCACGCUCAGGACAACCCCUCCAACAACCACCGAAGAGACUUGUACUGCAUCACGCCCUCUAUUAAACUUCAGCUGUAUUCCAGAGCCAAAUCUUUCCUACAUUCAUCACAUCAGUAGAAAAGUUCAAGAGUGCAAAACAUGGACGAUGAUCUACACCUCACUGCUUGUUGUGGAGAUUACUUGCACACUGGUGUUGGCAAAGUCCAUAGUUUCUCUUUACCGGUUGCUGCAGCGCAGAGAAAGAAUGAAUGAUGGACUCAUCAAACUCACUCACUUUUCCCACAGAAGAGAAGUAAUCCUGAGGCCUGUGCAGGAGGCAGAAACCGAAGUUCUUUUACGAUCACUUUGAUGACUAAUAAGCCAGCAUUGGUCAUUUGACCUGACAAAGCCUCAAUAAACCUGCUGUGACCCAUUACCAGCUCACACAAAUUUGAAGUGAUUGGUCCUUUAGAGGCGUCCUGAGUUGACUGUUGAAUUGACCUCCAGUGUUUAUGUUUAUGUUUCAUUGAUUGUGCAGAUCUCCUUAGAAAGCAAGUGAAACAGUUUUAGAAAAAAUAAAAUAAAAAAUAUUUUUAUAUUUUAUGUUUUUAUAUAUUUUGUUUGUAUAAUAUUUU